UACAAGUUGGCAUUUUCUUCGUUCCUCGCCUGCUCGCUAGCCACUGCUGUAAAAAACGAUCGCUCUACUAGAGCGUAGAUAACUUGAUUCCAAAAAAAAAUUCCGUUUUAGUUUUUUUUUUGUUUAACAUAUUAAAAAAAUUAAAACUAUAUUAUAAUUGCAAUCAGGUGUCUUUUCUUCAAAUUUACACAGUGUGUGAGUGCGUGAUCCUUUAUAAACCUUCAACAAAAGUGAAAAAACAAUCAUGAACAUCCCCAACGAAUAUAUUUCCAAAACGGAGGACGUCGCCGAUCAGGUUAUACGUAAAGGAAAGAACAUCCUGCCAACAGUUGCACGACUCUGCCUUAUAGCUACAUUCUUUGAGGAUGGUCUCCGUAUGUGGUUCCAAUGGAACGAACAACGCGAAUACAUGGACAUGAGCUGGGGCUGUGGCAAAUUUCUAGCAACAGUUUUUGUAUUAAUCAAUUUAUUUGGACAAUUAGGAGGCUGCGGAAUGGUUCUCACUAGAUUUAAGGUCGAAAUUGCUGUCGGAGUACUUUUCUUUAUUGUUGUUUUGCAGACAAUCGCUUAUUCAAUUUUAUGGGAUCCUCAAUUUUUGCUACGUAAUUUAGCUUUAAUUGGAGCAUUACUGCUUGUUCUAGCCGAAUCGAGAGUUGAAGGACGCAGUUUAUUUGCUGGAGUUCCAUCAUUGGGCGAGAACAAACCAAAAAAUGUUAUGCAACUUGCUGGACGUAUUUUGCUCGCUUUUAUGUUCAUUACACUUAUUCGUUUUGAAUUUAGUUUCUUGCAAAUCGUUCAAGAUAUUAUUGGUUCAAUUCUGAUGGUUAUGGUCACUAUUGGCUACAAAACCAAAUUGUCUGCACUUAUUCUCGUAGUACUUUUGACUGUUUUGAAUUUGUAUCAUAACGCGUGGUGGACCAUUCCCGCAUACAAGCCUUUGAGAGAUUUCCUUAAAUACGACUUCUUCCAGACACUCUCAGUCAUUGGUGGUCUAUUGAUGAUCGUGUCACUAGGACCCGGUGGCGUUUCAAUGGAUGAGCACAAAAAGAAGUGGUAGACUAAAAAAAAUAUUUUUUACCUAAAUAUAGAAUUUUUUUUAUAAAAAACAAAAAAACAAAAGGGGGAAAAUUGAGUUUUUCAAAGAGAAAAAAAAAUAUAUCCUUAAAUUCUUUCAAAGACCGCGCAUUUAAAAAAAAUAAUAAAUUAAUUAAUUCAAACUAGAGACGAUUUAUAAGCAAGUUUUAAAAUUUUUCAAGUCAAAUUAAUUUCCUUUCUCUUUUCCAAUGUUAGUCAUUAAGUUAAAACUACUUUUGUCCUAUUUUUUUUUUUUUUGUUAACGUAAAACCGCCGUCGUGUUAUUAUAAAUAAGAAGGGUAAAUAUUUUGUUGUUGCACGUUCUAUUUAAAUGUGGACAUUUAAAUGGAAAAUAAAAACAUUUAUUAUGUACAAAAAACAGUUCAACAAAAACAACAUAAACUCUUGAAAUCAAAUUUUUGUAAAUGUCUUCAAACUUAAUUUUAAACACAAAAUUCCAUUUGACAAUUUGUUUUUUAAAUCUGAAAAGUGCAUUCAGCUUACAGACAAACAUAUUAUUUUUUUUACUUAAUGUGAUUCCCAAGAAAAAAAAAACGAAACAAUUUUAAAUCCAAAAAAAAAAGAAAACAUUUGUAAAAUGUAAAACGUGUUAAAAAAAAAAGAAAACAAAACGAAAUGAAAAUUAUUUUUAUUUUUUGAUUAAUGUAUAAGUUUAUGAAAUGAUGAUAAAAAAUAAAACGAAAAAUGAAAA